GUUAUAAUUUUUUCGCGAAAGAUCCGUGUUGUAGUGACGAAGGGGGGUGGCGUGGGUUGUGGACUAAUUUGAAGUGGUAGAUGACAAGGAGAGUGUGAAUUUGAGUGCGUCGGGAAAAAAUACGCAUUAAGAAGUGUACGUUGGUUGUAACGCGUACAUACCUAGUGAGAUGUGUGGCGCAUAGUGGCGAGGCGCGUUGUUUAUCAUUACGGGUCUAUAUAAGCGUCUGAGCGGACCGGCGUGCUCAUACAUUAACGGAAUACACCACGCUAGUAGUACUCAAGCGAUUUCUUCACACUAUUUCAAAAUGAAACUGCUGAAAAUGGUUGUGUUUGCAUUCUUCGCACUCCUGGUGGUUGCAGUGAGGGCCAAUCCCCUACCUUUUGAAACUGUACAUGAGUUGGAAGAGUCGUGUGUGCGACAAGGCGGUCUCUGCGUCAUGAAGUCGGACUGCCCACCUGAGAACAUCGUGUUCCUCUCGGGCACACUCUGUCCGAAACAACAACACUUAGGCGUCACGUGCUGUUACUUGUGAGCUGAACAUGGCAGCAGCAGACUCCUUCCUCGUACUUACCCAUAGUUAAUUGCUAACGAUUUAAUACUUAAUUAGCUAUAAGGUAAUUUAAGCUCCUGUAAGAUUUACUUAAAUACUUAGUGGGCCGUGCCGUAUCAGAAACAUUUAUUUUGUUUAUAACAAGAAAAAAUUAAGAUUUAGUGUGUGUGUCCGCCUGUCCGUCCGUUCGUCACACAAGCAUAAAUAUUUGGAUAAUUGAAAUAAAAUAAAGCUAUGGAAAUUUUUCAGCUGAAGUCUUUAAAAUGUACCUAGCUUUGCAUUCAUACCCACGAAGAUUUGAUUAGACUAUUGGUAUACCUACUACUUAUUUAAAAGUAAAAAAUAGUUAAUCAGAUUGUGAGGGCAUAGUACGAGUUUGUGUUACAUUUAAUGAGAUCGAAACGAGAGCGUGUUCAGCGGUCUGAGUGGCCGGUGCGUGUGAACCAACCAAUCAGAGCACCGUACGCGCUCUCGUUUAGUUUUCCUUCAAUGUAAAGGUAACUCGUACUGAGGUUACUGUUCUUAACAAAUAGAAUGACAAUAGAAUUUCUGUUUAAUAUUUUAAUGUAUAAUGUAAAUUCAAUUCCUCUACACAUUACCUACUUACUGAACAAGGCACGGGUACCCAAACCAGUAAUAGUUACAUUUAUUAUUAUUUAAUGUUAAACAACGAAAUUGUGUUAAGAUGUAAUUUAGGUAUUAAUGUGUCAAAUUGACUUAUUUACUUAAAUAAAUGUAAGUUGAACUGUU